UGUCACGGGCACUUCCGGAUCCGGGGGCAGGCGGAGAGGGUGCUGACGGCUACGGUGCACUGCAGGCGGGCGGACUGGGCCCCCGCCGGUGCUCGGCCCGCGAUGCUGGGGGCCAGCUCCGGGGGCUCCGAGGGCGAGGCGGAGGAGGAAGGAGCGGGGGCCGUGUCGGCGCCCCCAGCCAUUGACUUCCCGGCCGAGGGCCCCGACCCCAAAUAUGACGAAUCGGAUGUCCCAGCAGAACUCCAGGUCUUGAAAGGGCCCACUCAGCAGCCGACGUUCCCCUUCGUGGUUGCCAACCAGCUCUUGCUCGUUUCUUUGCUGGAACACCUGAGCCACGUGCAUGAGCCAGACCCGGUUUGUUCAGGACAGGUGUUCAAACUGUUGUGCCAGACCUUCAUCAAGAUGGGGCUGCUGUCCUCUUUCACAUGCAGUGAUGAGUUCAGCUCCCUGAGGCUGCAUCAUAACAGAGCCAUCACCCACCUGAUGAGGUCCGCCAAGGAGACGGUGCGCCAGGGUUCUUGUGAGGAUAGUUCUUACAGCCGGAAGUUCAGAUCAAGGGAAAUAGGCUUGGAAGCACAGACUUCACGUUACCUAAAUGAAUUUGAAGAAGUGGCCCUCUUAGGGAAAGGCGGCUACGGAAGAGUGUACAAGGUCCGGAAUAAAUUAGACGGCCAGUAUUACGCGAUUAAAAAAAUCCUGAUUAAGGGUGCAACUAAAGCAGACUGUAUGAAGGUGCUUCGUGAGGUGAAGGUGCUGGCUGGCCUCCAGCACGUCAACAUUGUAGGCUACCACACGGCCUGGAUAGAGCACGUGCACGCCACCCAGACACAAGCUAGAUUUCCUCUUCCGCUGCCGUCCCUGGAAGUGAUCUCUGACCAGGAAGAUGACCGAGAUCAAUAUGCUGUUAGAAAUGAUGAAAGCCACAGCUCUUCCAUUAUCUUCGCCGACCUCACUUCUGAGAAAGAAAGGCCCUCUGGAGAACCCACCCUGGACCAUAAGCAUAACAGAUUGGUCAACUACACCAGACCUUUGCUUACCAGAGACGCUGGUGAGUUUGAGUCAUCCCUGGCGCGCCAAGAACAUGACUUGGCUGAUUUAUCUUCCAGUUCAUCUGAGCAUCCGCUGCCAGUGAAGCAUAGCUCAGGAGAGAGCUUCACAUCCUUUCCAGAGUCUUCUGAAGACAACUUAAACCCGCUGGGGCACACAGAGGCACAGUACCACCUGAUGCUGCUUAUCCAGAUGCAACUGUGUGAGCUCUCACUGUGGGACUGGAUCACCGAGAGGAACCAGCGGGCCCGGGAGUUUGUAGACGAGGCUGCGUGUCCUUAUGUUAUGGCCAGUGUUGCAACAAAAAUCUUUCGAGAAUUGGUGGAAGGCGUAUUUUACAUCCACAGCAUGGGGAUUGUGCACAGAGACCUGAAGCCCAGAAAUAUUUUCCUUCAUGGCUCUGAUCAGCGAGUGAAAAUAGGAGACUUUGGACUGGCCUGCGCAGACAUCCUGCAGAAGAACCGAGCCUGGUCCCAGGGAGAAGGGAAGAGAACCCUGACGCACACGUCCAGAGUGGGCACCUGUCUCUACGCUUCGCCGGAACAGCUGGAGGGAUCGGAGUAUGAUGCUAAGUCUGACAUGUACAGCCUGGGCGUGAUCCUGCUGGAACUCUUCCAGCCGUUUGGGACAGAGAUGGAACGCGCACAGGUGCUCACGGGCUUGCGAGCUGAGCAGGUCCCCGACUCCCUGAGCAGAAGGUGUCCCAUACAAGCCAAGUACAUCCAGCAGCUAACAAGGAGGAACUCGGCCCUGAGGCCGUCUGCUGAGCAGCUGCUGCAAAGUGAGCUCUUCCAGAAUUCAGGAAACGUCAACCUUACCCUUCAGAUGAAGAUUCUGGAGCAGCAAAGAGAAAUCGAGGCCCUCAAGAAGCAGCUACACCUUCUUUCUCAGGAGAAAGGGAUCCAGGCUGAUGUGCAGGGCGGGAGAAUGCCUGUCUAGCCGGAGGGGCCAACAUUCUCUCAUCAACUGGACUGUAGAUUUCUGAUCUUUAUUAUAGAAGGUACAAUUUAGUAAGCCUGUCUGAGAUUAAAGUGAGUUCAUGGGGCCGGGUGGUGGCACACCUGGUUGUUACCAUGCCCGAAGACCCAGGUUUAAGCCCCUGGUCCCCACCUGCAGGGGAAAAGCUUUGCGAGUGGUGAAGCAGGGCUGCAGGUGACUCUCUCUCUCCCUCACUAUCCCCCCUACCCUCUUGAUUGCUGGCUGUCUCUAUCCAACUAAUAAAUAAAAGAUAAUCAAAAAUA